GGCCUUUGCGGCGUCGAAUCGAGCACAUCAACUAUAGCAGAAGAAUAAAAUGCCACCCGAUAGUGCGGCUCCCAUAUAAACGGCAUGGACAGGAACAGCUGAAGGCAUCCAACCGAGUUUUGGGCUUUCGAAAUGGCAGCAGCCGAAGACACUGAUGAGCAAAGCCAUGCUGAGCACGCCAACCACAAUGCGAAAAGCCCGACCAGCACAUGUGCAGAGGACGGAUCGAUGGAGAACAGUUGCAAAAAGUCCCCAACCAGAACUUAUGGCACUUGCAAGGAAAACUCGUACAAACCCUGCAAGGAUGUGGCGCGUGUGGUUGUUGUCGGCCUCACUCCCGAACGACGAAGAGAAACUUGGAACAAAAAAGUUGAGUUUCUACUGGCCGUUAUCGGGUUCGCUGUCGAUCUGGGAAACGUCUGGAGGUUCCCGUACAUUUGCUACGAGAAUGGAGGAGGAGCUUUUCUUAUCCCCUACACCAUAAUGCUGGUGUUUGGAGGACUUCCCCUAUUCUACAUGGAAUUGGCAUUAGGUCAGUUCCACAGGAGUGGCUGUCUUACCAUUUGGAAGCAAAUCUGCCCGGCGUUAAAAGGUGUUGGCUAUGCAAUUUGCCUGAUCGACAUCUACAUGGGCAUGUACUACAACACAAUCAUUGGCUGGGCGGUUUACUAUUUAGUGGCCAGUUUCACCAGCGAACUUCCAUGGACGAAGUGCACAAACGAAUGGAACACUAUAGAUUGCCUGCCGGUCACUGCCACAGCCAUCCGACCAAACCUCAAUUCUACAACGCCAGCCAAAGAGUUUUUCGAGAGGGAAGUUCUGGAGCAGUAUAAAUCCGAUGGCCUCAAUAGAAUGGGCCCGAUCAAGCCGGCGUUGGCACUCAGUGUGUUUUCCGUGUUCAUUUUAGUGUAUUUUUCCUUGUGGAAGGGAGUGAAGAGUACGGGAAAGGCCGUAUGGGUGACGGCGUUGGCCCCGUACGUGGUCCUCAUCAUCCUGCUGGCUCGUGGCGUGACACUGCCUGGAGCUAUGGAAGGCAUCCGAUACUAUCUGACACCAGAGUGGCACAAGUUGUACAAUCGAAAAGUGUGGAUCGAUGCGGCCUCCCAGAUCUUUUUCUCCCUCGGCCCUGGAUUCGGCACCCUCUUGGCCCUAUCCAGUUACAACAAGUUCAACAACAACUGCUAUCGGGACGCAGUGAUCACAAGUACUAUAAACUGUUUGACCAGUUUCCUGGCCGGGUUUGUGAUUUUUUCCGUGCUAGGGUACAUGGCACAUGUGCAGCACAAGAGCAUCGAACAAGUGGGCCUUGAAGGUCCCGGCCUAGUUUUCAUCGUGUACCCUGAGGCGAUCGCCACUAUGAGUGGCUCGGUGUUCUGGUCAAUAAUCUUCUUCCUGAUGCUGAUCACCCUGGGCCUGGAUAGUACCUUUGGGGGUCUGGAAGCGAUGAUUACAGCGCUCUGUGAUGAGUACCCGCGCACUUUGGGCAGGCAUCGGGAGGUUUUCGUCGCUGUUUUUCUCCUAGGGAUUUACAUAUGUGCCUUGCCUACUACCACCUAUGGCGGCGUCUACCUAGUCAAUAUGCUGAACAUCUACGGGCCAGGGCUGGCCAUCCUCUUCAUAGUGUUCGUGGAAGCCGCCGGCAUUUUCUGGCUGUAUGGAACCGACAGGUUUUCCAGGGAUAUCGAGCAAAUGAUCGGCAAACGGCCGGGGCUUUUCUGGAGGAUCUGCUGGAAGUACAUCAGCCCCGUUUUCCUGCUGAUCAUCUUCGUUUGCUCGCUGCUAAACCACGAAGAAAUGCUGGGCAAGGAGUACAAGUAUCCGGCGUGGAGCCUCCAGGUUGGCUACAUUUUAACCGCCUCCUCCAUCGUUUGCAUCCCGCUCUACAUUCUGUAUAAGUUCGCCAUCACUCCAGGCAGCUGUGUAGAGCGAUGGCGAAUCAUGUGGCAGGCGGAGCCAAAUAACGCCCUCACCUACUGUGGAGGCACCGAAGUUUGACCAGAAUUAGGAGUGGUGAGGUCCUACACGAUCGAAUGGUUAGUCUAAGUUUUUUCGUUUUAAAAGGUUUUCACAUUUAAAAAAUGUACACCUUUAGGCCCUUUUGUGGCAGAUACACUGGCCACAAAAGGUACUGAUCUGUGAUUUUUCAUAUUCCUAUAAGAGUCGUCUAUUAGCCAAGUAGUGUAUAAAACUUGUAGCCUUAAAUGUACAUGUAGUUAAUUGAAGCACCUCCAUAUUAUCAAAGAGGUUCGCAGAUAUUUGUGGGAAAUGGACAGUUUUUCCAAGUUUUUUCGUUUUGUCACAAAAACUCUCCAAUUUUCCCCAUUUUUUCGUUGGCAAAUUUAAUGGAAUUGUGCCUUCUUUCCAUUCAAUAUGCCGCCGUUUUCUUUGAUAUCCGACUAGAUGAACGAAUGCCUUCCGUUCCUCUAGCAUGUGCAGAAAUUGAAUCUAUCUCGGAUAGAUACUGCGAUCUUGAGUAAAAUGCAGCCAAUUUUCCUCAAGCUCAUUGUAAAGAUUGUUGGUAGAUGUGUAGACGUGUGGUGUAGUUUUUUAAUGAAAAAUACCCGUAAACUAGAGUCAGUACAAUUUAAGCCAAAUGUUUAUCUUCAUGGGUUGUAUAAUGGUAAUCAUAACUAGAUAACUCGUAAUUAGCUAAAUAACUCAAUGAUACGCUAUAGCAACAGCCAUUGCUAUAAGUGUAUCUGCCUAUAUAUACAGGGUGAUGCAUCAAGGAAUCUGUAAUAUUCACGAUGUUCCGGAACUUCUUUUGCCCCACAUAAAUUCAGUUUUUAGUAGCAAAAGUUCAGAAAAAUUGCUCUUAUUUUGCCGGUAGCUUUUUUGCAUCAAAACUGAAAAAUGCGCUUUGCAAAUCUUUUUGCAUUUAUCUAAUUUUGUUUCCAUUUUAGGUCUUUAAUUUUUCAAGUUUAUACAGGGUGUAACAUGCAAAAGUGGGUUUAAGGGGACUUUUAACUGGAAAUUAAGUCACUGUCUAAAAUUUAAAAUCUAUUGCUGUUCG